AUGAAAUUAUUAUCGACAAUAUUCAUUCUCUUGGUAGCUAUCAUUGCAUUGACAUUAGGUGAAUUAUCUAAUGAGAAUUCAUCUAAAUCUUCUCCAACUGGUGUCACUGUUACUCAGACAGGAGGAUUUGCAGGAGUACACAAGACAGUAUCAUUAGACUUAAAGUCUGGAAAGACAGCAACUGGCAAAAAGAUUGAUAAAAAACUAUUGAAUCAUCUUGAAGAUCACAUCAAAUCCGAUGAAUUCAAAGAGCUCCCAGAACACAGUGUUUACACACCCGAUCAUGAAGUAGCCGAUGCAUUCAUCUACGAAGCAGUAUUCCAUUUCAAAGGACACAAACAAAUUAAAAACAUCUAUUGGAAUGAAUUGGCAUCCAACAAGACACCGAUUUGUGAACCACUUCAACAACUAGCUUCAAAAUAUGCUACCAAUAUUCCACCUCCAACAACCGAUGAUGGACCAAAAGUAGAUAAAAAGAAAAAAAAUAAAGAUGUCCAAACUCCUGAUGUUGAACAUGAUACUCCAUCUCAAUAA